GCACGGCAGGGGUCGUUCGUGGCACCAGAAGAGCCACAACAACAACUUUUCGUGGAAGAUCCAAGAGAGAGGAAGUGUAAGAGGGAGGUUACUGAUGAACCAGAGAACUGUUGGAAGUCUUUACAGUCUGAUUUUUUAAAAUGGCUGUUAAAGACUGGAGAAAAGUAAGGAGAGAAAUGCUUAUAGACUUGACUGCUGGGUCAGCUGGAGGAAUUGCUUGCGUUUAUGCGGGCCAACCAUUUGAUACAAUUAAAGUGAAGAUGCAAGUUUCACCACAUUUAUACAGGAGUACAUUGCAAUGCCUAAAAGAAAUGUCAGUUAAAGAUGGGUUUAGGGGAUUUUAUGCCGGUGCAACACCAGCGUUGAUGGCUCAGAUAGGAGAAAACUCUGUAAUUUUUCUCUGCUAUAGUCAAUGUCAAAAGCUAGUGCAGGUUGCAACAGGAACUAGUGCAGCAGAAUUGAAUGCUUUUCACCAUGCUUGCUCUGGAUCACUGGCCGCCUUUCUUGCAUCAUUUUUUCUCUGCCCGCUUGAACUUAUCAAAUGCAGAUUACAAACAGCAAGGGAAUUCGGCACACUGAAACCUGGAAUGGGUCCGCUGAGUGUAAUGAGGGACACUUUUAAAGCUGAUGGAUUUCUUGGAUUUUACAAUGGAUUUGCUGCAACAGUUGCAAGAGAAAUGCCAGGAUACUUCUUCUUCUUUGGAGGCUAUGAAGCAACUAAAUAUUUUCUGGCUUCAACCAAUGACAUGAAAAGUGAAAAGUAUGGUCUUUUGAAGACAGUUAUCGCUGGUGGUAUGGGCGGAGUAUCACUAUGGGCAACAAUUUAUCCUACAGACGUCAUCAAGUCUAGAUCCCAAGUUCAGGCUGGUGCAAGCCUUGGCUUUCUAUCCCUAGGAAAGCAGAUCGUUCGUGAGGAAGGAUUUGCUGCCUUAUAUCGUGGAAUAAGUCCGUGUCUACUUCGUUCUUUCCCUGCCAAUGCUGCACUGUUUGUGGCUUACGAAUACUCAAAGAUGUUCCUCAGUGAGCUCUUUCCGUAGGUGAAUUUUUAAAAUGGCAUCCAAAUGACAAAUCUGGUGGAUGCUUCGAACUGCGAUGAACAUUAUGUUGCAAGUAAGAAGAAGAGAUUGACCACUUAUGAGAAAAAUAUUCAAUUUAGAUCGAUUAGGGGAAGUAUAGGGGCCUAAAUGGAUACAUGUUUCGGUAUUAUACAAGUGAUAGACAGAAAUCUAAGGGUUCAUGUCAGGGCAAAUUAUUGUUAACGUUAAGAAUUAAGGGCUAGAUUACCUAGUUUGUUAUUGGGGUUUUCAAUUUAUUUAAUAGAUAAGUAUUUAUUAGGUGUUUCAAUUUAUUUGGUGUCAAUCCGUUUCUUCCAAACAUUCCUUUUACAGAUUUGAUGUAAACUAAACAAAAAUUACCAUGAACACACUUUCUUUCAAAAUAAAUCAUUUUUUAGUAAUUGGGUCUUUUUGGAAAUUUUCAACUUGUUUUAUGAAGCAAAAAAUCAUUGCGCUUCAAGUUGUGUAUUUAAGCACUUGGAAGAAAAGGACGGAAAAAGGCACCUUGGUGGAUUGCUAAGCAUACCACAUUUGUAAUCAGGGACGGGUUAAAUUUACAGGGUCUCUCUUUAUAGCAGCUUAUGUAUCGUGGCUAAUUGAAUGACCCUGUUUAAAGAACGUAUUUUUGUUUUUUUUUACAUUUUCACAUAUAGGUUUUUGACAUAGCAAAGACUUCAUAUCAAUUUUUUAUGACAUAUACUUAUAGUCAUUUUCCAUUUGUGCCAGUUAACUUUUUCGUAGCAAGUUGUUUAUCCAGUGUUCUA